AUGUCAGGCCUCCUGGAGGGUAGCAACGCCUGCUGCGGUGGCCCGCCUCCCAUCAACAGGCUCGUGCAGUGCGGCACCACGGCCAACCUGGGUAGUAACCCGGUAACCGCAUCGGAGUGCAGCCGCCCGCAGGACGCGGUGUUCUGGGACCAAUUCCACCCCACCGAGUCCCUCAACCGCAUCCUCGCCCGCAACUCGUUUGUUGGCCGCCAGGACUCCAUCACUCCCAUGAGCGUGCGUGACCUGGCGCAGCUGGCCCGUGCCUACGAAUCCGUAAUCGACAUUUUUUUCAGGCUCCCCGAUUCUUUCAGGCUGCCGCCUAGGGAUCGCCAGGCGAUGGAUGCGAUGGCGGCUCGGCUUCAGAGCUCCUUCGAUGAGGUGCUCGCUUCUGCCUCGCUGCUCGUGGAGGCUGCUUCGUCAGCUCCUCGUGGUGACGCACAGUCAGGCUCCAGUGCGCCCCGCAGUGAGGUGGCGGUAGCAUCAGCGCUGGAGGUGUUUCAGAGCCGAGUGGACCUCUUUCAAGCCGCCUGCGACCGGGCUCAGCAGCAAGUGGCUCAGCAGCAAGUGGUGAGUGGUGAGGCAUGGGCACUCGAGUCGAGUAGUGUGAGCACAGUGUGUGGUGAGAGCACGGUCUGUGGGGAGAGCACAGUGUGUGGUGAGAGCACGGUGUGUGGGGAGAGCACGGUGUGUGGGGAGAGCACGGUGUGUGGGGAGAGCACGGUGUGUGGGGAUAGCAUGGCAAGUGUUAAGAGCAUGGCAAACGCAAGGCACCGGCUGCUGUCGGAAAGCCUGGUGGACGAAGCAAGAGGCGCAGCAGUUGACACGUCUGCUGUGGGUGCAGCAGGAGGAGAGGGGGAGACGCAGAUGGUGCUGGGAGCCACUCGGUUGGAGCAGAUCAGCAAGGCUGAUGCAGCCUGGCACCGGCUGCUGUCGGAAAGCCUGGUGGAUGAAGCAAGAGGCGCAGCAAGCGACACGCCUGCUGUGGGUGCAGCAGGAGAGGGGGAGGCGCAGAUGGUGCUGGGAGCAACUCGGUUGGAGCAGAUCAGCAAGGCAGUGAGAGCCAUGGUGCAGGACCUGCAGCACGGGCAUGCAGAUAAGCACUGA